UUUUAUUAAUAAAAAUUAUUUUGUUUUGCUUUCAUUUCUGUUUUUUUUUUGUUUUUUGUUUUAAAAUAGCCACUGAUAUGUUGAUUAAACCGUGGCUAUACUUAGCCACGAAAAAAAAUAGUAGCAAAACCGUAGCUAAAAUAGCCACGAAAGUGCAAUGGAAAAACAGUGGCUAAUAGCCACGAAUAGCCACGGUUUUUUCUAGCCACGAGGCUAUAGCCACGUUUUUUUUUCUAUCCAUAAACGUGGCUAUUUUUUUGUAUAGCCACGAUUUUAAGCUGUAUAGCCACGGUUUUGUAGUGGCUAUACGACAGAUUUUUACUAGUGUUCCUCAAACAUCUGACGUUUACGCACCAAACUGACUGAGGCAGGAUAGAUAGUUGCAGUCACUAAUCAUAUCGCAUUGUUCAGAACAUAAAUAGCCACUUCUUUCUCUAUUUUUGUUCCUUCAUGGUUUCUCUACUCAAACGUUUUGAGAUGUAAGAACAAACAUUCAGAAACACGCCUCGGUUGGAUCCAACGAACCUUAUGGUCAGCAUUCAGCAAGCAUCCCAUGGUCCUGCGAUCAAAUACAUUUCACUAUCAAACCAGAGAAACUAAGCAUGAUUGAUUGAGAAAUUAGGGGUUUAGACAAGAAAAAUGUACCAUGACAAGCUUGAGAGCUUGUAGUUUAGGAGAAUGUUGGAGCAAACUCACAAGCAUAUUCGUCCAGCUAUCUUCACAUGAACAUAGCUCCAACCACAAAAGCUGAAACAAUACUGUAUGAACAACUUCGAAGAAGCAGAGUCCAUACUCAAUCACCAGUUCGUCCUUUGAGAAGAACACUAACCCCUUAGAGCAACCUUAAUGGUUGGGCAACAUUAAAAAUGAGGUUUUAAAAAAAAAAAAAAAAAAAAACCUUAAUGGUUGGGUUCUAAAAAUGAGGUUUUUAAAAACAAGACACUAUUAUUUUAAUUUAUUUUGUUUAAAUGUUUAAAGCCAAAUGACUAAACCACUAAUAUAUUGACAUGUACUUGUAGGAGUUGUAGAUAGUUUAUUCCCGAUAGUUAUUUAGGGACUGAUUGCUGUGUUUUUUAUUUUAUUUUCUUUUUAUCUUUAAAUACUUUAUACUACCGUUGGACCUGCUUUUAUGUUUUUAAUUAUUAUAAUUAUUAUUUUUAAUGCAAAAUAGUAUAUUGUCGGGGUUGUAUUUGCUAUUUCCAAAAUCGCGGCCUAUUUACACAAGACUAUAAUCGUAGCUACUUUGUAACAGAGUUUAUUGGAAUUAUUCGCGGAGCCCAAAACUGGUUAACUUUUUUUCUAUCACAAAAUGAUACAUAUUUUGUUGAACAUUAAUCAUAAGAGCAUAACUAAUUAGCAAUAAGAUAAAUAAAUUUAAAAUAGUGCUAUCUCUUAACAAUACCACUAUUAUAGCACCGAAAAUGGGCAUAACAUUUUAUGGGAAAUGCAUAUAGAAGGAAGGAGUGACCUGGCUCAGGAUAAGGGCUAACAAUACAUUUUUCUUUCAAUUCUUAUCUUCUACUCCUUUGUAAUAAUUAAUCUAAGAUUUGAUAUGAUUUGUUAUGUCAAAGAAAAAAAAGAUUUGAUUAGUUAUUUUUCUUUGUAUUCUUUUCCUUAUGUAAAAACAAGCAAACAAAGUACACACACGGAAACAGAAACUCAAAUAUAAAUAUCCAAUUCUCUCUUCUAUGAGAACAUAUUGAUUGUGAUGGAUAAGUUUGGUUGGUCCUUGUCGUCGUCUUCUCCGAUCGGAAAGAACAGUGAUGACGAAGGAGGAGAAAAUGAAGCUGAAUCUUCUUACAAGGGUCCUCUUGAUAUGAUGAAAUCUCUCGAAGAAGUUUUACCCAUCAGGAGAGGUAUAUCCAAGUUCUACAAAGGGAAGUCCAAGUCAUUCAUGAGCUUAAACAAUACUGAAUCCUUGUCGAUGAAAGAUUUAGGGAGGCCUGAUAACCUUUACAGUCGCCGCCGGAGAAAUCUUCUCAAUCACCGGCUUUGUAGUCGCGGUGGGAUCUCGAAGAAACCACUCAAGGCCAACUUCACGGUGGUAUCUUCCUGCGGCGAUGAUUCGUCUUCAGCCUCUAAUUUAAAACAUCAGCAUUGACUGAUACCAUUGAUAGAGUAUCUCUAACGGAAAUGUUUUUUGUUAAGAAUUAGAAUUUUAAAUAAAAAUGAAUGGAUUAAUAAGAAGACACAAACUGAGAGACUAUCUCAGUUUUUUUAUCUUAAGCCUCUUCCCAAAUAAACGGUUUUAAAGAUUUGUAACUCUCUUUGCUUAAUUUUUUGAUUAUUUUAAAUUCUAAAAACCCACUGCCUAUGAGUCCUGCCCUUAUACUUUGCGUAAUCAACUUGAUGAAAAAGUUGAAACUGUCUUUCUCAGUCCGUGUGCUAACGGUUUCGAUUUUUUUCAAGGCAUGCCACACAAUCUUCUUACUAGCUAGUAUAUAAGUCUGUCUCUGUACCCCCUCAAUAUCAUCCUAUUGUAUUCCCUCAUUCUCCAUAUAAGACAUUAAUAGUACAAACUUCUUUUUACCCCCCUCAAUCUCUACAAAAAGGCCUCUUGUUUUAUUUUCCGAAUUUUGUUUUAUGAUUCUAUCGACCUUUGUUACGGUUGGUUAUUGGAGACAUUAUUUAAGUAUUAAUAAAGUGUUGGAUGUGGAUGACGAGAGUUAAUUGAGAAAUACGGUAGACACUACACAAGAAGAAGCGUUUAUUAGAAUCCAAAUUCUGAUAACUUUAUGUGUUCAGAUUUCGUAAAUUCCUAAGAAACUAUAAAAACUUCAAAAAGAAAUAGAAAAAGAGUUAGAUCGAUGGAAGAUAAAAUGUGGAAUAUGAGUAACUGCUAGGUAAGUCAAUUGUUAUAGCACUUCUUGUUUACACAGUUAUUCUCUAAUUAAUGGGUCUUUUAAAUAUGCUAAUAGGUCUUUGCUCACAAUUUUGCGGAUAAUUAUAUUAUAUUAUAUGAAGAAAUAUAUAUUAUGUUUACAGUGCUAUAAUUUUUGAAUAAUAAUUAAAAAUUUUAAUUUUAAUUUUUAAUUUCAAAUAGUUGGAUAAUCCAAAAAUUCAGUAUAUAUUUUUAAAUUAUCUGUGAGAUUUAAAAUAGUUCAACAACGUAAAUCUUAGUCAUUACAAAUAAUUCUCUUAUAGAAAAACAAUAUUAUAAUUAAUUCAGAUAAUUAGUUGUAGAAUUAUUUUAUAUUUUAUUUUAACACGUGAAAAAACCAAGAAUACUCUAGCUUUCAAGAAA